AAAAUGUAUCAGUUGUGAAAACGAUCGAAAAAAAAGCUAAGCCCCCUCAUAUAUAUAUAUAAAACAGAAUCCCUCCAUUUCCUCCCUCAUCCUCUCUCUCUCUCUCUCUCUCCACUUCUUUUGGUGAAUUACUGCUCCGUGAAGCAAGGCAGUCGGAUGGCGGCGACGGCAUUAUCAGUAGUAUUAGUGGCGACGCUGGUGAUGGCGGCGGUGGAGUUCCGUCCUUGCUGGUCGCAGAACAUCACCAGAGCCAGCUUCCCAAAGGGCUUCGUCUUCGGAACUGCCUCCUCUGCGUUCCAGUAUGAAGGGGCAGUGAAAGCUGACGGGAGGGGACCAAGUAUUUGGGACACAUACUCUCAUACUUUCGGGAAAAUCAUAGAUUUCAGCAAUGCCGAUGUAGCAGUGGAUCAAUACCAUCGUUUCAAUGAGGAUAUACAGUUGAUGAAAGGCAUGGGAAUGGAUGCCUACAGAUUCUCCAUCUCCUGGACCCGUAUCUUUCCCAAUGGGACGGGUCAGAUUAAUGAAGCGGGAGUGGAGCAUUACAACAAAGUGAUAGACGCGUUAUUGGGUAACGGGAUCCAGCCGUAUGUCACUCUCUACCACUGGGACCUUCCUCAGGCCUUGCACGACAAAUACACCGGCUGGCUUGAUCGCCAAAUCAUACAAGACUUCACGGCGUACGCGGAGACGUGCUUCCAAAAGUUCGGCGACCGAGUGAAGCACUGGAUCACAUUCAACGAGCCACACACGUUCGCCGUCCAGGGCUACGACGCCGGCCUCCAGGCCCCCGGCCGCUGCUCCGUCGCUCUCCGCCUCUGGUGCAAAGAAGGCAACUCCGCCACCGAGCCGUACAUCGUCGCGCACAACACCAUCCUCGCCCACGCCUCCGUCGCCUCCGUCUACCGCCGGAAGUACAAGCCCGCCCAGAAGGGAGUCAUCGGGCUUUCCUUCGACGUCAUAUGGUACGAGCCCGGAUCCAGCUCGGCCAGCGACGUCGAAGCGGCCCAACGGGCCCAGGAUUUCCAGCUGGGCUGGUUUCUGGACCCGUUGGUGUUGGGAGAUUACCCGAGCUCGAUGAGGAUCCGGGUCGGGAACCGCCUGCCAAAGUUCUCGGCUUCUGAAGUUGCUGUGGUGAAAGGGUCGUUGGAUUUCGUGGGGAUCAAUCAUUACACCACGUAUUAUGCCAGCAAUAGCUCGUCCGGGAUCGUGGACUUCCUGCUGAACGACACUCUUGCGGAUUCCGACACCGUUGCCUUUCCGUUCAAAAAUGGGAAAGCUAUUGGAGACAGGGCGAAUGCCAUAUGGUUAUACAUUGUGCCACAAGGGCUGAGAAGCUUGAUGAACUACGUCAAGCAAAGAUAUGGAAAUCCUCCCGUGUACAUUACCGAAAACGGUAUGGACGAUCCAAAUAGCUUGUUUAAAUCUAUCAAAGAUGCACAGAAGGACGAGAAAAGAAUUAGAUACCUCAACGAUUACCUCACGAGCUUGCUAGCUUCUAUCAAGGAAGACGGGUGCAAUGUAAAAGGGUACUUCGUGUGGUCUUUACUGGACAAUUGGGAGUGGUCUGCUGGAUACACUUCCAGAUUUGGUCUCUACUUUGUGGACUUUAAGGACAACCUUAAGAGAUAUCCCAAAGAUUCUGUGAAGUGGUUCACAAAUUUCUUGAGCCACAGUGCUUAGAAGUGGGAGAUAAAAAGACCAUAUGCAUCCACUCACCAAAAGAAAAAGCAGAAAGGAAAUAAAAUUGUUUGUGUGGGCUUGGUGUGUAUAUAUUUACACUCAAAUAUUGUUAUUUAGGGUAUUUGUUUAAUAAAUCUUGUUAUAUAAAAUUAAUUGUUUCAAGUAGGGAUGGGCAAAUGGUGUGGUUCAAUCGCACUUCCCCAUAUUAUCAAUCGGACCGCACCACACCGCAUGUGUCACUGUAAUUCCGUUGUGGCGGUCAAACCAAACCGCAUAAAUACACGGUUAAUUUGGUG